UGGCAUGGGCUUCCCUUGCCUGUGCCCUGCAUCCUUGAGCUUCGAACUAUCCCAAACCUCCACCUCUUUUCUAUCGUCAUCUUCCGUUGUCGCUCAUUCCAGCUGGUGGCCCAUCGACCUGCUACAGCAUAUUCAUCCCUAAAGACUCGAGGUAACCAAAGCCAUCACUUCCGAGGACUUCCUCCAGCCUGCGCUGCCCCUCGGCUCCAUUGAAACGCGGAGAUAAGCUGAUCUGUGGCCAGCACCAUGGUUGGGCUCUUCCCAAGCUCAGAAGCCAUCAGACAGGCUUUCUGUCCUACUUCUCCCUACUACAAACCUAAUGCUAAGCCAACCGAGCACCCCCAGAAACGCCCAAUCUUUUCAAGUUGGAGCGCUGCCGACACUGCGAAGGAUCUAGGCAAAGCUGCCCAAAAUGAGUACUCGAGGAUGAGCGAGAAAGCCCAGGCCAAGGCUGGAGGCAUCGAGCUCUAUUCAGCCAAAUACUAUGCUGCUUGUACUGUCGGCGGUAUUCUAGCUUGUGGUACCACCCAUACAGCCGUCACACCUCUUGACCUGGUCAAGUGUCGUCGCCAGGUCGACCCCAAUCUCUACAAGGGCAACUUUGAGGCAUGGAGGAAGAUUAGCAGAGCCGAGGGCCUCCGUGGCAUCUUUACUGGUUGGGGUCCGACAUUCGUCGGAUACUCAGUCCAGGGUGCUGCCAAAUACGGCUUCUAUGAAUACUUCAAGCACUUGUACAGCGAGCUGGCUGGAGAGGAGAAUGCCUCCAAGUACAAGACCAUUCUGUUCCUGUCGGCUUCUGCGUCUGCAGAGUUCAUUGCCGAUGUUGGUCUCUGUCCAUUCGAAGCUGUCAAGGUCAGGAUGCAGACCACUAUCCCUCCCACUUUCACCGGCACCGUGCAAGGUAUCUCGUCAAUUGUGGGCAAAGAAGGCGUUAGCGGCUUGUACAAGGGUCUCUAUCCUCUGUGGGGCCGACAGAUCCCAUACACCAUGAUGAAGUUCGCAUCUUUCGAGACCAUUGUUGCUGCCAUCUACAACUAUCUUCCUGGUCAAAAGUCCGACUACAACAAGGGCGCGCAAACUCUUGUGGCCUUCACCGGUGGUUAUAUGGCUGGUAUCCUUUGCGCUAUCGUUUCUCAUCCUGCCGACGUGAUGGUCAGCAAACUGAACGCGGAUCGUGCCCCUGGCGAAAGCUUUGGUGGUGCUAUGAGCCGUAUCUAUUCCAAGAUUGGCUUCGCUGGCCUGUGGAAUGGUCUGCCUGUGAGAAUUGUGAUGAUUGGUACAUUGACUGGACUGCAAUGGAUGAUUUACGACUCCUUCAAGAUCUUCAUGGGUCUACCUACCACUGGUGGUGGUGACGACAAGAAGACGGCCAAGACCUAGACUCUCGAUACAACCACAGAAGGGGUGGGAGAAGAAUGGGUGGCCGCAGUGAGAUCUGUACACGGGACACGGGACACGAGACGGACUUUAAGAAUGGUAGCUAGCCAACUUGGUUCUGUUUUUUCACGGAUAAUGAAUUGUAUUGGUACGCACGGGUACGGCAUGUCCUCGCUGCUUUGCUCCUUA